CGAAUCAUUGCCCGUGUGAAUUCCAACCAAUCAGAACGCCUGAAGCUCUGCGCGUCAUCAGCUACGAUGACCUCAAUUUCUCAGCGUAUUUUUUUCCGGAGACAACAGCGGCUCGCGGCGCCAUUUUGAAAGAAGAAGAUUGUUCCACCAAACGCCCCAAAACGGUGAAAGCUGCAGCGAUGUUGUACCUGGAGGAUUACCUGGAGAUGAUCGAGCAGCUGCCCAUGGACCUCCGGGAUCGGUUCACGGAGAUGCGGGAGAUGGACCUGCAGGUGCAGAACGCCACGGACCAGCUGGAGCAGAAGGUGAUGGAGUUCUUCGUCAACGCCAAGAAGAACAAGCCGGAGUGGAGGGAGGAGCAGAUGGAGGUCAUCAAGAAGGACUACUACAAAGCUCUGGAGGACGCGGACGAGAAGGUGCAGCUGGCCAAUCAGAUCUACGACCUGGUGGACCGGCACCUGCGUAAACUGGACCAGGAACUGGCCAAGUUCAAGAUGGAGCUGGAGGCCGACAACGCCGGCAUCACCGAGAUCCUGGAGAGACGAUCGUUGGAGAUGGACAGCCCGUCUCAGCCGGUCAACAACCACCACGUCCACCACGCGGCCACGGAGAAGAGGAAGCACAGCGCUGCUCAUCUCACCACGGAACACGUCCCAGAGAAGAAGUUCAAGUCUGAAGCUCUGCUGUCCACCUUGACCUGCGACGGCCCCAAGGAGCCCGGCUGCCGCCCCAGCAGCACCUCCUCCUCCAGCGCCGUGUUCAGUGUCUCCUCCUCUCAGCCGCCGGCCUCCUACAGCCUGAGCGCUCUGCCCACGGGGCCAGGGGCCGGGGCGGGGGCCAUCACCAUGGCAGCCGCACAGGCCGUGCAGGCCACGGCCCAGAUGAAGGAGGGCCGGCGGACCUCCAGCCUGAAGGCGAGCUACGAGGCCAUCAAGAACAACGACUUCCAGCUGGGCCGAGAGUUCACGUUGUCCCGGGAGACGGGCGCCUACGCCUCCUCCGCCCUGGCCUCCACGCUCGCCCAGAGCCCCGCCCCCCCGCCGGGGGCCGCCGACUCCAGGGGCCGCAAGUCCAAGAGCAGCAUCAAGUCCUCCAACCACCAGUCCUCGUCGUCGUCCUCCUCCUCCUCCCUGUCGUCCUGCUCGUCUUCGUCGGCCCUGGCCCAGGAGCUGUCCCAGCAGGCCUCAGCGCUGCCGGAGGCCGAGGCCAGUAGCCAGGUGGACUGGACCUACGACCCCAACGAGCCCCGCUACUGCAUCUGCAACCAGGUGUCGUAUGGAGAGAUGGUCGGCUGUGACAACACAGACUGUCCCAUCGAGUGGUUCCACUACGGCUGUGUGGGUCUGACGGAGGCCCCCAAGGGAAAGUGGUUCUGCCCCCAGUGUACGGUGGCCAUGAAGAGACGAGGCAGCCGCCACAAAUAG